GCUUCCAAGGCCGCCGCUGCCCAGCAGCACCAGGCCCAGCAGGAUGCUGCCGUUGCCCAGGCCCUCGAGAUUGCCAGGGAAAGCCCCGAUGGUGCUUCAGAUCCCACCGUCAGCAAGAUCUUGGAGUUGGCUCUGUCACAGAUCUGGGGCAAGGUCCAGGCCCAGCCCGACUCCUAUGUCAUGACCCGCGAUGAGUUUGCCGUCUUCAACUUCUUCCAGCACCGCUUCCAGGGCGACAAGACAGCCGUCAAGGCGCGCAAGCGAUACUGGGAUCACACCAGG